AUGGAACAUUCUCUGGAAUACUAUCGCCAAGCCGCAGCUGAUAGUAGUGACGACUCAGACUGUGACCUCUUGAAGUUAGAUCCAGUUUUCCAAUCCAGGAAGAAGCCAAAGCAGCACGAAACUGACUCUCCAUCAAGCAUUGUAUCGCUUAGUCAAAGCUCUUUAGAGAGCAAUUCAUCUGCACCAAGACAACAAGCUAUCUCCCGCAAACCUGCGUUGUCAGAAGAACAAAUUGAAGCCAAAGCGCAAGAAUUGAUCAAGGGUUUGAAGUACCCAGGACUCGGUGAUACAAAUCGCGCUGAUCAGCUUGGUUGGCACAAGGCUCCGAAACAGAAGAGAGCCAAAGAGAAUACUUGGUACCCCUGCCGACUUUGCAAGCCGGACGAAAGAAUCGGAUUGAUGCAAGAUUCUUCACGGGACAAAAUAAUGGUUCGAUAUCUUGGGUAUCAAAGUGAUACAGCACACUGGCAUGCUUUUCUCAAGGAGAAAGAAUACAUCCCACUCACCUUGGAGAAUAAAGAAAGCGGGAUGGAUACGUACAUCAGACACUUGAAAAAGCAUUUCAAGGAUGAUGAAGUUGGCUUUAGAGCGGAAAUUUUGGCAGUACGUGAAAUGUGGAGAACUGUCCAAGAAAGAGAGGAAACUUCCAUUUCUAAGGCCAAAUCCACGACAAAGAAAGCAACCAAGACGCAAAGCAAACCCUCUACACCACGACAAGCAACCUUGAAUCGAAAGCUGUCUCAUUAUUGUGAGAGCUCGGACGAGGGAAAUAGCGACAAUGAUCUCGACUUGUAUGGACUAGAUAAACGCGCUGCAUCAAAAAGGAUACCUCUAAAAGCAGGAGAUGUCAUUGAGUAUUAUGAUCCAAUCGGCGUGGCGGGCAAGUCCCAAUGGCUGAAGUCCGCGAUCAUUCUUGGCGUUGUCGCAAAAGCCAAAAAGUUUCCAUUAAAUUUGGACAGUGGAGACUUGCUCGAUCGCCAAUCACGGAUCAAGCGUGUGAAGCGAUUGUACAAAGGCAAAUUGAAGGCGUGUCAAGAUGCGACAUUCAAAGACGUGAACGAUUAUGGUCUCAGAACCAGUGGUACAACGGAGAUGAUUGGGAUCAACACCAAGAUCCAAAAAGCAAAGCAAAUUCGAAAAGACUUCGCCGCUGGAGUUGAUAACUUUUGGAAGGCAGGUUCGAUAGAGAGCAAUGAAGACGAUAAAGCGACCUCCAACUCAAAUGCUACCGUUUCCACACAAAUUCGUCUACCAGGGUUGCUGCAGCACAUUCAAAAUGAAAUGGCAACGAACCCGCAAUAUGACCCACCCAUUCGACCAGAACAGCUGGACGUGGUAAUGCGUGUUCGGGAGUGUCUACAGCAAAAGAUUGAUGUUGCGAAUGACAGCAGCGCAACUAUCAAAUCUAUCAUCCCGUUCCUCGCUACAAGGCUGCAACUAGAGCUCGAAAGUCUUGACAAAUUUCUAAACAGCAUUGAAGAUAUGAAUCUAAGCGAUGCAGAGAAGAUGGAAGUGAUAAAAGCUCUGCAGUCCUGGUUAGAAGAUCCAAGUCUAGACAUUUCGCAUGAAACUUUGAGAACUGACAGUAGAGCCCCUCCUAGUCUUGCAAAGGAGGCAGAAAGUCGACGAAUGAAUUGCCCUCUUGCAACGAGGAAUCAAAACACACACAAAAAGGAGUCCAGAAGAAUGUCUCCUCGAAUACCGAAGUCACAGCGAUGGUAG